GUCUUGUCUGCAACGGUUAAGUUGGAACCCUUUCGUCAAAGUGAAAAGCACGAGUUACCCUGAGACCGUGCCAGUGAACAAAAUGGGAACGGCUGCGAAGGACAUUUAAGCCAUGGUGGAAAACAAAGAGUGGAAAAAGACCUGUUCGGCCAGCGCCAGCCAGGGGCCAGGGCAGCCAGGGCUAGCUACUACAAUGAAUAGGCCAGGCCGAGUAGGCCUACUCGUACUCAUCGGUGUGUAGAAUGGUGCCCCCCGCGCUUCAUCUGGCCUCGGUAUACCUGCCGCCUGCAAGUCUCCGAACUGAUUUACUGGUCUGAAAUGUGGCAUUUUUCAUGUAUCUAAUGCCAACAUCAGAUCAAGUGUGGGAGGCUGUGACCUCAUGUUUAUUUAGAGGUUCUCAAGAAUUUCGGCCAUGCCAAACUUUGGCGGCCACCCAACAUACAAUCAUACUGGAGAAACAUACAUCCAGCAUCCGACUGUCACAGUUUACCAGAACUGUGCCAGUUCAGGACAGGGCAUGACUGCAUCAGUAGCGGCACAGUCAAAUACGCAGGCAAACUUAAACAUUUUAGCCAACUACAGCAGUAUGCAUCAAAACGGCGAUUUGACUCAAGAGUAUGUCAUGCAUCAGAGGGAAGAUGGUCAGCCGCAACCACUCUAUCAUUUAGUGACACAUCAACCUCAAGGGAACCCCACACACAACAUCAAUAUCAUACAGAGAGAAACCAGCCCUUCAACCAUCAUGAGUGUGGCUAAAUUACCCAAAAAGCGGAAGUAUGAUCCAUCUGAAUUAGAGGAAACUGCUAUUGAAUCAAAACCUUUCAACCAGGGCCUUCCCAUGUCGAGUGCUUCCACUCCCCUUGUAGUUGUUACUCCAUCUGUAUCUGUGUCUGCUCCACUGUCAAUAGAAAUGCCACCUCAACAGACUCAGAGUGUGGUGGUUGUAACUCCACAACCUAAUGCUGUGGACUACUCAGGAUUUACGAGUUCGACACCGAAAGCCCAGUACAGAGAGGUCCAUAUUCCACCUGAUCCUUAUUUGGACCAAUCAAUGGUGCUGCAUGGCAGCAUGGAUCAUUCUGAACACAACAGGCAUUCCACAAGCCAACGUAACACCAUUGACCUUCAAGAUUGGGUAGACAAUCCAUGUUUAGCAAAAAAAGAUAAUGUGUACGUGCCUGGUGUGAUCAAACAUGCUGAUGGUUCUGAUGUUGUUGUGGAAUUUGAAGAAGGCCAUAGAACGUGUUAUCGUGAUGUCUUUGGUGAAAGCAAGUACAGCAUUAUAAAUGAUGCCAGCCCUUCUGCUGCGUUGGUGAAUGUGGGAUCUCGCGUUUGUGUUCGAACUGACAGUAAUACAGCUGUGAGGGUGUUUGUAGAAGCGCAAGUAUGCGGAAAACUGACAAGUCCAGUCAGGUUUGUGGUGCGUUGCGUUCCUACAUCACUUUCUAAAGACCAUGUUGUUAAUCGUGCUGAUAUACGACUGCUCCUGCCCCCUUGGUGGGAGGAAAUGAACAAUGACGACCCCCCUUCCUCUUCUAUGAAUGGAGGUUUAGAUGGAGAAAAUGGAACCCAAAUAGCGCAACAUGGAGUGAUGACGAUAGUUCCCAAUUCAUCUGACCCACAUUCAUACUACAGGAAUGUUACAACAUCACCAAUGCAAAACAAUGCAACUCCUGUGAGCAUCCAUUCAAGCACAGCCAUGUCUAAUGGCUCCACAGAUGAUUUACGGCGUAGGCAUUAUGAUGAUUAUGGUGAGAGUGACGAUGAACUGAGAAGAGAGGACAUCCUUUUCACAUCCGAUGCGGAUGGUGGUAAAUUGUCUGGAAGCAGCAAGAGAAGUAGUAUGCAAAGCCGAGGAAGUACUUCGAGUCUUGCGGAUCAAGGCAGUAUAACCCCAAGAUCUCAGCCUACUACUCCAAGAUCUCAAGCAGCAACACCUCAUAAAUACAACAAAGGAGAUGUGGUUUCGACUCCAAGUGGAAUUAGAAAGAAGUUUAAUGGGAAGCAGUGGCGGAGGCUCUGCUCGAAAGACAGCUGCACGAAGGAAAGUCAGAGGCGAGGGUACUGCUCAAGGCAUUUGAGCUUGAAGGGCAAUAGCCUGCGGCCUGGUCCAUCGAAUGUGCCAAGGGGCAGAGGAAUGGGUAGCCUUGAUGGGGAGGAUACAUCAAGAGAUUCCGACACCUCUCCCAGUUAUCCCAGAGUAGCAGGAAGAUAUGAAUCUGAUGAGACAGAGGCUGCUAAUAUGCUUGUUUCAUUGGGUAGCUCUCGCUCUGCUACACCAUCUUUCUCUUCUCCAACAGGGCAGGGUUCAUCCCCAUGUAUUAUUCAAUCCCCUGUCACUGUGGGACCUCAUACUAACGUGUUCAUGCCAAUUAGUAGUCCUGCUUCCGGAGCUGCCAACUCUCCAAUGAUUGGUGGAAGUGGAAACACAUUGAUGCCACCCAGGCAGACCAGCCUUGUGUCACCUGGAGGUUCAACCAGCAAGUGGAAACAACACACAUCGCCUGUACAAGCACAUUUCAUUGGAAAUGCGUAUUCUCAGCCUUUGGUCAGGCCAGAACUUGUCCGUCCUACUCAGUCAGUUGUUCACCAGCCGCUGGCAACCACGGGACAGCCAGUAGCGGCAACAAGUGUCAUAAGAAUGUCACCAAGCACAGUGAAGGGUGGUCCACAUAUCACGUGGAAGGCGGAACAGAUACCUGGCCAACAAUAUUCUGAUCCACCUAUCAUAACAGUGGCUCCAGUGUCAACUAUAGUCAGUCACUAUCCCACCAACUCAGCUGUGACUACUAUUUCUCAACCUCAGCCAGGAGUUAUCCUUCAGCAGGCUUUGACCAAUUCGACGAUUGGAGCCCUGCCCGCGGAAGCACCCAGUACAAUAGUGCAGCACACAUCAGAUGCUGAGCACCUGAGUCGACCUGCUAAAGCCCCACUAAUACUUAUUCAGCAUAGUCAAGCUAUAACUCACCAUGCCCAGCAGCCAACACCCCAGCAACAGCAACUCCAUCAGCUCCAACAACCCCCCCAGCAGCAACCAACCCAACAUCAACCACCGCCGCAACCAGCACCUCAGCAACUAGCUCCUCAGCAACUAGCUCCUCAGCAACUAGCUCCCCAGCAACUGCCUCCCCAGCAACUGCCUCCUCAGCAAGUGCCUCCCCAGCAACUACCUCCUCAGCAACUAGCUCCUCAGCAACUCCCUCCCCAGCAACUAUCACCGCAGCUACUACCACCCCAGCUACUACCACCUCAGCAGUUACCACCCCACAAACUGCCACCCACGCUACUGCCACCCCAGCAGCUAUCAACUCAACUGGAAGCACCUCAGCAGCUCUCACCACAGCAGCUCCCACCCCAACAGCACUCACCCCAGCAGCAUUCACCCCAGCAGCAUUCACCCCAGCAGCACUCUCCCCAGCAGCAUUCUCCCCAGCAGCACUCACCCCAACAGCACUCACCCCAACAGCACUCACCCCAGCAGCACUCACCCCAGCAGCACUCACCCCAGCAGCACUCACCGCAGCAGCACUCACCUCAGGACCAAUUGCCGCAGCAGCUCAGCCAGGAACCUCAGCCUCAAGAACAGCAUCAACCUCAGCAUCAAUCCCAGCACCAGCAGCAACUUAUUCACUUCCAACACCCAUCAGUAGUCAAUCAACUUGAUUCACCUCAUAUUCAGCAUCAUAGCAGUGCACCAGAGAAGAAUAUUCCCAUAAUUGUAAAAUCGGAACCGGAGCCUGGGCAGGUACAUCAGGUGCCCCCUCAGCAUUACCCAACGAUAACUGUAGCCACAACUUCAGUUGUUCAAUCAAGAAUUGCCCUGGUCGCUGAACCACAGGCUCAAGUUAACAGUGUAGCCAAUGCUCUUCAUCCAGUCAUUGUGGCUCCAACUCAGCUUUUACCACUGAUUCAGCUAUCAAAGGGUCUGAAAGAGAAGAAUGGCAUUCUUGCCUUUAGUCUUCCUGACCAGCAGGCUCCUGUUUAUCCAUGGGACACACUGCUGCCUGUCGUCGCUCAAGCAACCUUAAGUGGUAACAUUUCUUCAGUAGGAAAAGCAUCACCCCCUGCUUCAUCAGCGUCACACUCAGUAUCGACUGCAAACAACAUACAGGUUGAUGCCGAAGAUAUGGAAGGUUUGCCUGAUCUGGUGCAAACAACUGAAGAGGAUGAUGAUGUUUUUGAAGCAGAACCUACUACACCUGCUGCUGAUUCUGAUGUAACUACUGCUCCUGUGGCAGGAAAGAGACGGACUCAGUCUCUUAGUGCAAUUCAGAGUGGAAAGGAGCCUCAAAGUCCUCUAAAGCAAACAAAGGAAAGAAUACGUCGACCCAUGAAUGCAUUUAUGAUAUUCAGUAAGCGACACAGAGCUAUGGUUCAUCAGCGUCAUCCUAAUCAAGAUAAUCGUACUGUUUCAAAAAUCUUGGGUGAAUGGUGGUAUGCCCUUGGAGUCGAGGAAAAGCAAAAGUACCAUGAGCUGGCAACAGAAGUGAAAGAAGCUCAUUUCAAGGCACAUCCAGAAUGGAAAUGGUGCAGUAAGGACCGAAGAAAGUCGUCCACAAGUUCCCUGAAAGGUGAAUCUGGUCAAAAGGGAUCUGGGUCUGAAGGAGGCAGUGAAGGAGGCACACACCCCCCAUCUGUAUCAAGUCCAGGCCCUGAUGCGGGUGGACCUGUGAAGGAGGAGGAAGUUGUAGAGCAGGCACCAGAUACAGUUUCGAAGAAGGAAGUAAAGGCUGAAGCAGAUGAGGCAGACUUCUCAGAUGACGACCAAAUGGUAAUUUGUGAAGAACCCACUAAUGAAAUAGACCUCAAGUGCCCUGAAAAAGUGACAGAUUCAGAUUCUGAGUCCCAAAGUGACGUUGAACCACUUCUUGAAAACAAGGCGUUUCCACAACAGCGUUUCAGUCCUGUGUCUGGUGUGGGUGGAAUUUCUGUUGGAGCAGCUGGCGUUAAACAUGUUCCCAGUGCUUGUCGACCAAAACCCAUCAGAGUUACGCAAGGGGGCAUGGAUGUCUCUUCUAAGCUUCAUGGCUCUAAUGGUGACAAACCAGGCUCAACAGAGGGCAUCGCUUAUCCAUACCACUCCCCAGUAAACCCAAGAGGUGUCACAGGUUUCCAACCAACUGGUGGGGCAUUUAAGACAAUGCCAGUAUCACCUAAAGUUGUUAAGCCAACAGUAGACCAAGAAAGCUGUUUCCCACUCUCCAGUAACAGUUCAUCAAAUCAGAAUCAAAUCCGAAACAAACAGCCUUUGACCUUAGCAUGGAGUGGCUCAACUGUUACUACAUCUGACUACACCAACUCAACCUUCUCCUCCAAUAUAAGUCAAACCCAACCACAGUUGCGGACUGUGACAAGUGUCCCUGCCUCCUCGGUGGUAGCUUGGGACAGCGCCGCUCCUAUCACCACAGUGUGCUCUGUCAACAUAAUGCCUGUCUCCAGUCAAAAUGAGGCUUGGCAAAUGCAACAACUAAAACUCAAACAACCAUCCAAUAGCAUUUCUAAGCUGAUGGACGCGGACUCAAACUCACCUGUGAACAAUACCAUCACCAUCAAGUCGAAUGAACCAUUGAUUCAGCAAACUAAACCCACACAAAACCACAAUAAUACUCAUAACAUGCAGAUUGAUUUAAUUCUCAAUGGUUCCAUCAAAGUUUCUGAAGAUCAAAUCCCUAUCAAAACAAUUUUGCAGAGUAUUCCUGACCGAGCACCUCAGUCCUAUAUUGUUGUAAGAGGACAACCUGGUUCUCAAGAUUCAGAUGUUCAAUACCUGGUUCCAACUAGGCAAUUGUUCACCCAAGGGGGCUUCCAAAUACCACUUACAGAUGCUCGACAGACUUCAUCAAUUCCACUGAUGACUUCAUCCGUUGAAACCCCCACUGUCAUUGUCAGUAAACCCGGAUUGUUUACAUCUACGGUACCAUCUACUUUUAUGACCACCAGUGGCACCCAGCAAGAAAGGAAUCCAAUCUCCACAAACAACCCUUCAUCUGCUAACUCCAUACAUCCCCAAGGUUCUUAUUACUUAGAAACAAAAGAUGAGAAGCAAACUGCACAAAGGCCACAUCCCCAAAUUUCUAAUGAUAGUGCUGUCAUACUGGAAGAAAGGACCAUUAGCAAUAAUAACAACAAUUCUUCUGCAGAGUCCAACAAAUCUUCAAUGAUGUCUUCCAGUAAUCAGGAACAUGAAGAGAGUCUUCCAAAAGCCUUGGCUGAUCUCACCUCCCAGCCUGUCACUGAGACUGGGCCCCAAGAAACAACUACAUUUGUACUUGCACCAACCCCUGCCCAGCUUGGCAAAGCUCCUUUGCAGAGGAGGCAAUCGAUGGUUGUGCCUACAUCCAGUAACAGUAAUGCACCAAAUGAGGUACCUUCUAGUACGUCAUUAACCAACAAUCAGAUCCCAUCAGUACUGGAAAAUCUCAACAAACCCUCUGAGUCAUCCUCUAUUGUAAACACACCUUCAUCAGCAUUACCAUCGCCUGCAUCCAAAAAGAACUUCUUCAGGAAGACUGUUGAAGAUGGCAUGGAUAGAGUUUUAGAGCAAGUUAAUUUUGAAGUAAAGUUUUCAUCUUUACCCAAGUUUAGACCUGAGGAAUGUCAGUCGCCCAGUGCUAUAUCAGUUACAUCCAGUCCAAUGUUCCAAAACUUGCGUAAAAUUCAAAAGCCAACUCCAACUGAAGAAACUGUAGAGUCAGAUGUUUCUGUUCCUCCUACUCCAAAAUCGGGCAAGCUUGUGGGCAACACAUUCUUUGGCCCCGACUUCAAUCCUGAAGCAUUUAACCGAGGUCCUGAACUCAGUGAAAGCAUUGAGGGUGGCUCUCCCAGGACUCCAAAAACACCAGGAACUGGUAGAGAGGUAGAAAAAGGACACCGCAAGGUCCUUGAGCAGAGACGCAAGCUUGUCAUGCAACUUUUCAAUGACCAUGGACUUUUCCCUACAACAGUUGCUACAAGUGCUUUUCAGAGCGAUCAUAUUGACAUCUUCCCAACUAAAACCAGUCUGCAGUUGAAAAUUCGUGAAGUUCGUCAGAAAUUGAUGGCUCACAAUAACUCUUCAGGGGGCCCAUUAAAUAGUCCUUUACCCUCUGGUUCAGAAUCAGCCUGCACCACUCCUGGUUCGUCAACUCUGACUCCCCAUCACAUAACCAACUCCAACUCUGCAAUAUCCAUUCCGGCUUCCUCUAGCAGUUAGGUGUUUGCCCCUAAAAGCUUAGGCAGACUUGUAUUUCUUGCUCUGGGACCAAGCAUGCUGAUGUGACGCAUGUCCCACCAAGCCCUGUCAGUGUUGUUAAUUUUGCCAACCUUGCCUCCUUCCCAUCAAAGUGACUAUUAUUAUCUCUGUUUUUAUUGUUUUUACUUGUGCAAUGUUUAUAUUUGUUGUAUUGCUGCAGUGCUAGUGUUUAGACUGAUGUGAUAACUCUUUUAAUUUUAAUCCCUGCUUCCAUUGCCCUUUUCAGUAACAUCAUUCAUUCGCUUUUAUAUGACGUUCUUGCUUUCAUUGUGUAUAGCAUAUUUGCAUUAUUGAUUGAACCACUUUUUUUUAUAUUUUUGACAAAACUUUAAAUUUGGUCAUUCAGUUAAAGUGUUUUUGUAUCUGUUUUCAUAAAUGAUCUCUCGACAAAAUUGUUUCUUUUCCCAUGCUUUAUGCCCCUUUAACCUUUCCUUUCUUUCCCAAAAAUUUGUAGCUUUGUAAGGAAAGAAAUUUUUUGCAUUUGCCCUUAUGUUUUAUUUGGCUUUGUCACCUUGGUUGGGGCCACUAUUUAGUGUACUAACACUGUUCCUGUAUUCUCUGGCAAUCUCUAAUUAAUCAAAGGAAGUUUAAAAAUGUGGUGGAACUUGAUCUUGAUCCUUAGGAUUGUUUAACCCUUUGAUCCUGUGGAUUCCUGUUGUUCUUGUUGGUGAAACCGUUGCUUACUUCAUCAUGUAUUAGAAUUAAUUGUUGACAAAUGGAGUACUCCAUUCAUGUUUUUUUCUUUAGGCAGAGAAGAAAUUAAGGUGUUAUUUUUUUCUUUUGUUAAACAUGUUUAAGGUAUAAAUCUUACUGAUCUGUUUUUGUUUAAAUCGACAUGAUGUACCCUCCUUCAUUAGAGAAAAAAAUGAUACAACUUAUUGUAUAAAAUGUAUAUUUUAUUUUAUCUGCAUGUUUUAAUUAUUUCAAAUUUUUAUGUAUGUACAUAUAUAUAUAAACUAUGAUGAACUGGUAUAAACUACCCUAGCAAAAUGAGCACAAGUGCUCUGGGAUCUUUAUUUAAUAAUAGCACCAAUGUUAUAAGAAAAGAGUUAUUAUAUAUUAACAGUGUUAUUUGUCUUUUGAGUAUAAUUGUAGCAAAGUGCUUGUUUUAUGUUAUAUUAUCAGAAAGUGAUUGUUUAAUGUUAAUGUAUAGAUGAAACUUGUAAAAUUUGUUACUAUUACUUAUCUAGACUGACUGCUCUUAUUUUAAUAUAGCAGUAAUGAGUGUAAUCCACUAAAGGAUGCCAAUUCCACAAGCCACUCUAGAAACCACACAGUUGCAUUUGACCUGAGACAAAGUCUUCUGAAGGAAACUCCUGGGUAACUACUUAACAUGAAAGAGAAAUAUUAUUUUCUAAGUAGCUCCAGUCCUGUCCAAGAAGUUGUUAUGGUUUGAGGUAAAGGUGAUAACUCUAUGUUUGAAACCCGUACUCUAUCUUUUGACAUUGGCCGGGCACCUGUCUCUGCUUUUUCAAUGUACAGAAAUGUACUUUUGUGUCUGUGAUGACUAAGGCAUCUGUCAAGGCCGUGAGAUGGUAAAGAGGUUUCAAUUUUUAGUGAUGUUUUGUAUAUAGAUGAUGGGUUGGAUGUGGCAUGGGGUAUCGGCAGUUUUUGGUUGAGCACUUAGUUAAUUAAAUAUUAUAAGGAAAUGUGAUUCUCAGAGAAUCAAUACAAAAGCAACACACAUGUGUGGCACUGAUGCGAGAAGAUGAACACUUGAGAUUUUAUUUAGUCUGUUGUAUGAUUAUUUGUGCUCCUUUAUUUGUUUAGACUAAAUGAAGUGUAGGAUUCUGCCUUGAUUGUCUCUGAAAAUUUUAAGUUGUUGACUUGUCCACACUUGAUUCUUUGUUGAAUGGCUCUCCACAUUUCUCUAAACAGAUCUCAUUUAAUUCACUGAUAUCUACUACUGUAGUACACUGAAAUAUAGAUGUUUGGAGAUGCCAUCCAUACCUUGCACGGUGGUUACAUUCUCAUCAGAUAAAAAUUGAGCAAACGCAUGAUUUAUUUAACAGACUAGCUUGAAAGUUCUGUUACAUAAAUGAUCAACCAGCUGGCUGGACUUGCCAUAUUGCUUAUGUCAAAACAAAUCAAGCCACUGCUACCUUCACUGUGCCUUAAAGGAUCAAUAAAUGGAAUUAUCCAUGCAAA